AUGCUUUGCCCACCCGAGGAAAAUAUCAAUAAAGAUCGCUGUGUCAAGUUGGCACUUAUUCACGACAUGGCUGAAGCCUUGGUUGGUGAUCUUACACCACCCGAUAACGUUCCCAAAGAGGAAAAAUACAGGAGGGAGCUCGAGACCAUGAAUUACAUCUGUGAACAGCUCCUGAAGCCAAUGUCUCCAACAAUUGCCGAAGAGUUCAUGGGCUUGUGGACAGAGUACGAAACUGGUGAAACUAAAGAGGCUAUCUUUGUCAAAGAUGUUGAUCGAUUUGAGCUUGUUUGCCAAUGCAUCGAAUACGAGAAGAAAUACAAUGCAAAGAAGGACCUGAAAGAAUUCCUCCAUGUCAGAAGGGGCAUCAAGAACGAGUUCGUCAAGAAGUGGGCCGAAGACGCUCUGAAGGAAAGGGAGGCCUUCUGGGCGGCCGCUGGGCUUGAGAGCGUAGUUGACAAUUAG